AUGAAUAAUGAACAUAAAAAUUACAUGGCUAUCAUUAACCCUUAUCCUCACGUCAGAGGCAACUCUAACUACUGUGGAAUGUUACCCCCAGAGAACCCCUUCUAUGACUGGAGAAGUGUAACAAAUGGUUCUGCAAACCUGUAUUUGGAAGGAGGCUUCCAUCAGUCCCUGCAGAACAUAGCUGAAAGCCAGCUGGUACAAGCUCCCUUCUUCCAGCAAAAGGGAGGAAGAGGCAGGAGGAAGCUUCGGCUAUUUGAAUACCUUUUUGAAUCCCUAUGCAAUUCGGAGAUGGUGUCUUGCAUUCAGUGGGUUGACAAAGCCAGAGGCAUCUUUCAGUUUAUAUCAAAAAACAAAGAAAAACUCGCUGAACUUUGGGGGAAAAGAAAAGGCAACCGGAAACCCAUGACUUACCAGAAGAUGGCCAGAGCCCUGAGGAAUUAUGCCAGAACUGGGGAGAUCACAAAAAUCCGGAGAAAACUGACCUACCAGUUCAGCGAAGCUGUUCUCCACAGACUUGCUCCGUCGCACUUCCUGGGAAAAGACCUCUCCUCACAAUAUGGCCAGCCUGAUCAGAGCUAUCUCAGUUUAAACCACUGGAAUGCAAGUUACUACGCUCAUGCCAGUUACCAGAGCUGA